GAACAUGCAGGUGCAUUACAUUUCCUUUUCUGCUCAUGCUGACUCUGCUCAAACAAGUGCAUUCUUAGAAGAGCUCAACCCUCCUAAUAUAAUUCUCGUUCAUGGGGAAGCUAAUGAGAUGGGCAGGCUCAAACAGAAGCUCAUGACUCAAUUUGCUGAUCGCAACACUAAGAUUCUUACUCCGAAAAACUGUCAAUCUGUUGAGAUGUAUUUUAAUUCACAGAAAAUGGCAAAAACCAUAGGGAAGCUGGCUGAAAAAACACCUGAAGUUGGAGAAACCGUCAGUGGUUUGCUAGUUAAAAAAGGCUUCACAUAUCAGAUAAUGGCACCUGAAGACCUGCAUGUCUUUUCACAGCUAACAACAACAAAUGUCACACAGAGAAUUACCAUCCCUUAUUCAGGUGCCUUUAAUGUCAUAAGCCAUAGACUCAAACAGAUAUAUGAG